GAGACACAGCUAUGGAACUGGCUGUGAUGUGACUGACAAUCGAGUGUAGUACGAGGCCCUGGUCCUUUCAUUUCCAGUUACCAUGUCUUCCCUGCUCUUGAUCCUGCUGCCGCUGGUGACAGUUGUGUGUGCUCAGUUACGGAUCACCACCUCCACUGCGCCCAUUGCUUCGGAGACUGGAAGCACCGCUGUCUUGCAAUGUCUGUUUUCUUUGGGUGUGACCCCAGUGGAUCCUGCCCAGGUGCAUGUGUUUUGGAAGCACGAGGGAAAGAAAGUAUUAACAUACGUUGAGAGAAUCACUGCUUUUAGACCUGGAGCACAUAUCUCAGAAGAGGAGCUUGCAAAAGGAGACGCAUCACUAUCUCUUUCUAAUGUCACACAGGAAGAUGCAGGUUUGUACACCUGUAGUAUCCGACUGGGAUCUGAGCAGGUGACACAGAGCAUGAACCUGAUUGUUAGUGAAUUCCGUUACAUAAGCCUUGAAGGAACUACGGUCAUUAUGAACAAAUCGAAUGAGUUGCGCUGCUCAGCACAUAAUCUGUCAUCUCCAGAGGUUACGUUCACGUGGAUGAGAGAUGGAGUGGUUCUCAGCACCUCCACCCCACAUCUGGUAGAAGGUAGUCAUAGUGAAGGCUUUAAGGUUCAAGGUUCCUUCUGCUUUACUCCUGUCCUCGGAGACGUGGAUGACAAGGCUUACUAUUCAUGUCAAGUUGUGCAAAAGAUAUUCCCUCCACUCAAGAAAACAUUUCAACUUUCCAUCGGAGUUCAACCAGAAGUCUUCUUCUACCUCUCAAGCCAAGGGCAAAAAAACUCAUCUAUAAUCUGCCUGGUGUCAGGUUUUUAUCCUGACGAUCUAAACCUUUCCAUGAAAAGAGACGGAGAGCUCUUAGGAUGCAAAAUCCAUAAAUGGAGGAACGCCAAUGGCACCUACUCAUUAGAAGCCACUUAUCGGACCAAUGUGACAUAUAGCGAUAACAAAGUUGACUACACUUGUACUGUCCACCAUCCCUCUAUCCCAGACGGUACGACAGAGAGACUGACGUUUCUGGUGAAUGACAUCUCGACUUGCAAAGACUGGACUGAAGGCAGCACUGCUGUUCUGAAAUGCAGUAUUGCCGGCCGAUACCCCAAAACCAUAACUGCAGUGUGGCUGAUCCGACAAGGGGACAAGGAGAUUGAGAUAAAGGAGAAAGGCUCCCUGUACACGGCCGGCGACUACAAGGAGCUGCAGGAACAGGACUCCUACAAGUGUUGGAAUAUCAUUAAGAGUCGAUUUGUGGGUGGAAUACGCCAUUCGCUUUGCUCUAUCCUGAGCUUCCAGGUGGACAAGGAGCGUCACGACCAGGCAGAGUUCAUCUGCCGCUUCAUGAGAGCAGGAAAGAUUUUGCAGGAGAAGAAAUACAUUGGCAGUGUCCCGGACAGUUAUGGCUUCUACUCCGUAUCGGACAUUUGUGCACCUGAAACAUGCAAUGAGGGAGAGAAAUUAACCCUUAGCUGCAUUAUGAGAGGGAACAUCCCCCGGGACAUCAGCGUUACAUGGGAAAAGAGCCUGAAUGAAGAGCGGACACUAAUCCUAAUGGAAGAGGACGCCAACUACCAGGUCACUGAGAACAAAUCGCAAGGGCAGAUCUGCGCUUUCCUAACGCUUUGCCCAAGCUGUGACGAGUCCGGUGCCGUGUUUACAGCUUCGUUCUCCGAAAACGAGGGGAGGAUCCUGGCAGAGCGCAGCUCAGCGCCUCUGAAAGUAGCCGAAACAAAGAACAACUGGUCUCGGACUUAUCAGGACUGGGGUUUCCGGGCGUUUGAUGAAAGCGUGAUCACGGAGAUGUGACGUGGAGCUCCAUUCCUCUUUUCACCAAGAAGUUAACCCCCAUUUGCUUUCCUCCUGCAUCCGCACCCUCACCUCCCAGGACUGGUCCCACACAAUGAAUGGUCUGCAUCCUCAUUAGGAUCAUUCUUAAAAGACUGAAUUCUACAAACAUAGUAAGAAGCGCCCGGUGGUGGCCGGUACGCAGCCCGUCAUCCCUUGUAUUUUUCGUGUAGCCGUCACAGGGGCUGCGCUACUUCAUCACAUUAUAGCAAUACUUCAUUAGGCAGCAAUCAGACGGCAGACAGAUUCCGGAGAACGCCUGCCGGGCUCGCCCCUGUGUGACGAAACACGGAUCCAUACAUCUGUCUCGCUGCGAUAGGCUACG